ACCAGAAUAUUUGAAAUGAUUGACCGCACACCUGCCAUUGACUCUGAAGAUGAAAGGGGAAAAGUUUUAGCAUAUGUGAAGGGUGAUAUCGAAUUUAGAAAGGUUGAUUUCUGCUAUCCAUCAAGACCUGAUACCCCAGUUCUUCAAGGACUCAACCUUAAAGUCCAAGCUGGUAAGAUGGUGGGUCUUGUUGGAGGCAGUGGUUCUGGCAAGUCAACAAUCAUUUCUUUACUUGAAAGAUUUUAUGAUCCAGUAAAAGGAGAUAUUCUCCUUGAUGGAUACAAGUUAAAUAAAUUUCAGCUGCAAUGGUUGAGAUCCCAGAUGGGACUGGUCAAUCAAGAGCCAAUUCUCUUUGCAACAUCCAUAAAAGAGAAUAUUUUAUUUGGAAAGGAAGGAGCUUCAAUGGAACAUGUAAUAAGUGCAGCUAAGGCUGCAAAUGCACAUGACUUCAUUGUCAAACUACCCCUAGGAUUUGAGACUCAAGUUGGGCAAUUUGGAGUUCAAUUGUCUGGAGGACAAAAGCAAAGGAUUUCUAUAGCAAGAGCAAUAAUCAGAGACCCAAAAAUUCUUUUGCUUGAUGAAGCCACAAGUGCUUUGGAUGCUCAAUCUGAAAAAGUUGUGCAAGAAGCCUUGGACCAAGCUUCACAAGGAAGAACAACAAUUGUCAUAGCUCACCACCUCACCACAAUCCGCAAGGCUGAUUUGAUAGUGGUUCUUCAGUCGGGUAGAGUGGUGGAAAUGGGAUCUCAUGAGGACUUGGUCCACAAGAACAAUGGAGAAGGUGGAGCAUACAGUAAAAUGCUGCAAAUGCAGCAACAAGCAAUGCAGAAUGGUCCUGACAUUUCCUAUCAUCCAGAGGAUAUUAUAAUCAAGCAUCCACGAACUCCACAUACACCAAAUAGUGUGAGAUCAAGCUGGCAAAACAGCCCUGCACUGAGGAGUGCGAGAUCAAGCUGGCAAAACAGCCCAGCAUAUCCAACCACCCCAAUAUUUUCCAUCAGCAUUACAAACUCCUUUCAAGCUGGCCAGUAUGAUGAAUUUGACGAUGAAAUGUCACAAGACAGCUCUUAUCCUUCCUCUUCUACUUGGCGUUUAUUUAAAAUGAAUGCACCUGAGUGGAAGCAAGCAAUACUAGGGUGUCUAGGGGCUGCUGGCUUUGGAUCUAUUCAGCCAGUUCAUGCCUAUUGCUUAGGAACAGUUGUAGCAGUUUACUUCCAAACAAACAAUUCCACCAUCAAAUCAGAAACCAGAUUCUACUGUUACAUCUUCUUAAGCCUAGCAGUUUUCAGCUUCAUUGCUAAUCUCCUCCAACAUUACAAUUUUGCAGUUAUGGGAGAGUGUUUAUCCAAAAGGGUUCGAAUAAAAAUGCUCGAAAAAAUUCUCACCUUUGAGAUAGGGUGGUUUGAUCAGGAUGAAAACACAAGUGCUGCCAUCUGUGCACGGCUAACCACUGAAGCAAACAUGGUUAGAUCCCUAACUGCAGAUCGUAUAUCAUUGUUGGUUCAGGUCUUUUUCAGUGCCUCCAUAGCUUUUGUGAUUGGACUGAUUGUGACAUGGAGGAUAGCCAUUGUAAUGAUUGCAAUACAACCUUUGCUCAUAGGAAGCUUCUAUUCAAGGAGUGUUCUAAUGAAGAGUAUGUCUAUAAAAGCACAGAAAGCACAGGCUGAGGGCAGCCAACUAGCUAGUGAAGCUGCUUUCAACCACAGAACUAUCACUGCAUUUUCCUCUCAGAAUAGGAUAUUAAAUCUGUUUGGAGAUGCAAUGAGGGGGCCUAGGAAGGAGAACAUCAAACAGUCGUGGAUUUCAGGUUUUGGUCUGUUCAGCUCCCAAUUCUUGACAACAGCUGCAAUAGCCUUGACUUAUUGGUAUGGGGGGAGGCUAAUGAAUCAAAAUUUAGUAACGGCGAAACACCUGUUUCAAGUUUUCUUCGUCUUAAUGAGCACUGGUAAAAACAUUGCAGAUGCAGGAAGCAUGACUUCUGAUCUAGCGAGAGGGGGGAGAGCCAUCAAAUCAAUAUUAUCCAUCCUAGACAGAGAAAGUGAAAUUUCAUCAGAAGAGCUUGAAGGGAUAAAAAAGACUUUCAAGGGUCACAUAGAACUAAAGAAUGUUGUAUUUGCUUACCCAGUCAGGCCUGACCAGAUGAUCUUCAAGGGCCUGAAUCUCAAGAUAGAAGCUGGAAAAACAAUGGCACUAGUGGGACAGAGUGGUUCUGGAAAAUCCACUGUCAUUGGCUUGAUUGAAAGAUUUUACGACCCACUAAAUGGAUCAGUAUCCAUAGAUGGAUGUGACAUCAAGCUCUAUAAUUUGAGAAAGUUGAGGUCACAAAUAGCUUUAGUAAGCCAGGAGCCUACUCUUUUUGGAGGAACCAUCCAUGAAAACAUAGUCUAUGGUAAAGAAAAUGCAACAGUAGCUGAAGUAAGAAAGGCAGCAAAGCUUGCCAAUGCUCAUGAAUUUAUAAGCUCUAUGGAAGAGGGAUAUGAGACCUACUGUGGAGAAAGAGGAGUUCAACUAUCAGGAGGGCAGAAGCAGAGGAUAGCACUUGCACGAGCCAUACUAAAGAACCCAACAAUCCUUCUGCUGGAUGAAGCAACCAGUGCACUUGAUAGUGUGUCAGAGAAUUUAGUCCAGGAAGCACUGGAGAAGAUGAUGGUUGGCAGAACAUGUGUUGUUGUAGCUCACAGGUUGUCAACUAUACAAAAAGCAGACUCCAUUGCUGUGAUAGUGAAUGGGAAAGUAGCAGAAAAAGGAUCACACCAUGAGCUACUUGCUAUCGGACGUGGCGGUGCCUACCAUUCUCUGAUAAAACUGCAAAGCAAUCAGUCUCCACACCAUUUGUCCACAAAGGUGUAAGUUGAGGACGGUCCAUGUA